GAGGGACAAAAGCCCAGAAGGAGCUCUCAAAACCGAUGCCACCAGAGUUUUAGUCAGUGCCAGUCGGCUGCCACCCGAGGACCGGGACAGGCUAUAAAAGAGAUUCCACAGGUGGGCUGACCAGCGCUUGCUGAUAAUCAACUGGGCUGCAACAGACCACAAGAUGCGAACUCUGCUGCUGCUGAUGCUGGUGGGCUCCGCCCUCACGCAGACGACCACCCACAAGCCCAACAUCUUCCAGAGCCUGGGCAGUGUCUUCUCAACCACCUUCGAUUCUCUGACGGAUGCUCUUGGAGACUACUUGAAAAGCCAGGGCACAAAUCUCCUGCAUAAUCUGCUUCCCAGUCUGGCAGGAGAGUUCCUUCAGAGUGGCCUGUGGAGUUUGGUAGAUGCAGCCAUACACCCGGGAGGGACACCCGCUACUGGCAAGCGCAACAUUGCUGAGGAUCUGGAGAGUCUGAAGCAAAGUGUGCAGCUGGUGCUUCACCAGGCGGAGGCUGAAGCGGAGGACAUCAAGCAUGCUCUUCAGAGUCUGGUGGGCAAAGUGCUGACCGGCCAGCUGUCGCUCACCGAGUUCCAGCAGUUGGUCCCCAAGUUCCAAGAGAUAGCUAACGAGCUGCUAUCCAAGCUGAGAGAGGGAGUGCUGACGGAGGUACACAAGUUGGCAGGCAACAAGAGGGAGUUACUGGACCUCAGCCUUCUAACCCACCUGCUGCAAGGUCUGGAGACUCAGGGCCAGGCGGUCUUUGGCCAGGUGCUUCAAGAGAUCCAAGCUUUGGCUAACCCUGGCAACUUACUGUCCCUCCUGACUGAAGCUGCCAGCAAGCUGGGCUUGACCAACGUCUUGGGCUCUUUGGCCGGUUUGAUUGGCUAAGCUGACCAGUAAUGUCUGGAGCAGUACAGCGAGGUGAACACUCGUCACGAUCGAGCUGUUGGUCAACUAAAAAUAAAAGAAGAGAAAUGUUAA